CUCUGUUUCGCCCAUUUCAGCGAUUCUGAGUUGUAUUAGCUCAAAUCCUCUCUCUCUCUCUCUCUCUCGCAGAGGAGUCUCAGGUCAUCGAUACCAAAUCAAGAACUUAAAAAAAACAAAAAAGAGAGAUGCAUCCACCACUGACACCACACAGACAUCCAAUGUGUGUGGAGAUAAUUGAGGAAUUCCAAAAGUGUCAUUUAGAUCAUCCCAUUGGAAAGUUCUUCGGAGACUGUACAGAGCUGAAAGUAAAGCUUCUUCAUUGUUUCCGCCAAGAGAAAGCUGUGAAGCGGAAGGUAAAUUUCGAACAAAGCAAGAAACUUCAAGAAAGACUUAAAGCUAUAAGGAAAGACGAAAAUGCAGAGACUUGAGAGCAUUCUUGGGUCCUCAUCUCAGAUAUGUAUGUCUAUUUCAAAACAAAACCACGUUUCUAAAUCGAUGAUAUUAUUGUGCAUCUAUUGAGUAGGGCUUCUAAGGGUUUGUAAUGAAGUGAGUGUAAGGCCACUUAGCUUUGGUCUGCAACAACAGGACAUGUUCUUACACAACUUGCUUUAUUUAUGGAUUUACAAGUAGCUACACAACGUGGCUUAAUUGUGGCUACAAAAUAAUAUUUGUAUUCAAUCUCCAAAGCUAUUUUUUUUUGGAAACUGGUACUAGUCAUU